CAGAAAUCUGACGAGACUUAAGACUUUAUGAAGAUCAACAAAAGCUAAAUGCGGUUGACACAAAGAAAAUAUUUAUUAUCUCUAGUGAAGGUUGCCUAAUCUAUGCAGCGAAUUUUGGGGGACCUAAUCUCGGGAUCCAUCGAGCUCUUACGAGCCAAUUAAAGUAUACGACUCCGUUCACACAUUCUGUCCCCCGCCCAAAUCUACUCCACUGACUCCACCGAGAACUUUUCCAUUGAGAGUGAAGCGGCUUUUGUUUUCCUCAUUGACAGGCGUUAAUGAUAAUGACAAUAUUAUUAUAAUAAAAUCUAAAGAGCUCUGACGGAGCCGUAAUUAAUGGAAUCGUUACUAUCAGAACAUUGUUAAACUGCAAUAAAAUGUAUAUUGAGUAAAAAAAAAGGUCCUAGAAAUAAUCGUCCGACUGACAAACAAUUCGCACCGUUUAUUUAUAAUGAGGCAAUCAAUAAAUCGGAUUGCCAGACGCCCGUUACAUCCGUAACUGAUCAAACAUGGUUUAUUCUUCCACUGGAGAGAGACGGCCCCUGCUAGUCCACGUAGUUCCAAAUCAGCUCAGGAAAUUAGCCUCGAGAGGUUUCGGAGCACGCCACUGGCAGGCGAUCAUCCUGUUUGUGGGAAUGAUGAUCAACUACUUCCAGAGGGUCAACAUAUCGGCUGGGAUUGUUCCUAUGACCCAAUCCACUGCAGGAGCUCCUUUCUACAAUUGGGAUACGUCGGAUAAGUCGAUGAUCCUUAGCAGCUUUUUCUGGGGCUAUGUUGUCUCCCAGGUGCCGGCAGGACUCUUGGCCAAGCGAUUUGGCGCCAAGUUAGUCUUAGGCUUGGCGACGGCAAUUGGUGGCAUCUUGUGCUUUUUCCACCCCAUGGCAGCCAAAAAUGGUUGGCAGAGUAUCUGCGUCCUGCGUGUCCUUACUGGUGUUGUUCAAGGGACUGUGUAUCCAUGUGUUCACACCCUACUGGCCAAGUGGGUGCCGCGAACGGAACGAGGUCUUCUCACCACGGGCGUAUAUUCGGGAGCACAGUUCGGAACGGCUGUUAUCCUGGUUACCAGUGGGUUUAUUUUCGACUCUAGCAUGGGCUGGCCAGGAUUAUUCUAUCUAUCCGGUGGUCUAAGCCUAGCUUGGGCACUGCUAUUCUUUUGGCAGGCGGCUAAUGAACCAGCCACAGCCCGUAACAUCAACAAAUGCGAAGUGGAGUACAUCGAGAGUCUUACGGGCAGCAAUAGUGCAAGUCAGUCCAUGUCCGUACCGUGGGUGUCGAUCUUCAGGUCUCCUGCCUUCUACGGUCUGCUGGCAGCUCAUUGUGGAUUCACUUGGGGCUUCUAUACACUGCUCACCGAAAUGCCCACUUACAUGAGCAAAGUCCUGCAGCUGAACGUCAAGUCCAAUGCCUUCCUCUCCUCGCUGCCAUACUUUGCUAUGGGCUUGCUCUGCUUUGUGGUUAGUCCCAUAUCGGAUUUGCUCAUCAACAGGGGCACCAUAUCGAUCACCACGGCGCGAAAGCUCUUCAAUUCAAUAGGACAGUGGGGUCCAAUGGCCUGUUUAAUCGGAUUAGGAUACAUGACCGCCGACGAGAAGACGUGGGCCAUCAUUUUACUGACGCUGGCAGUUGGCAUUAACGCCGGUUGCUCCUGUGGUUACCUUAUUAAUCAUAUUGAUUUGUCCCCCAACUUUGCGGGUCCCAUGAUGGGAGUGACCAAUGGUAUUGCAGGCGUGACCUCCAUAGUGGCUCCCUUAGUAGUGGGGGCGGUUAUAUCAGAUGAAGAGGAUCCCAGCCAGUGGCGAUUAGUGUUCUUUAUCACGGGAGGAAUUUAUCUGGUGUGCAACACCCUUUUCGUGAUAUUUGGUAAGGCCACUAUCCAGCCGUGGAACGAGCCGGCCUCUAUGUCCAGCACAAUGACUCUUCGCAAUAAUCUGGAAAACGACUCAAAGUCCAUUGCUCCCACGUCAGACAAAGACAACAGGUUCUAAAGGAGUCGAGCAACACCUGGAUCCCAUUGACAAUCUCGUUAAUUGUAGUAAUUAUAAGUUAUUGUUAUUAUAUGUAGCUUGCCGUCUGUGCCAGCGAUAUUUGGAUAUGCCUAGCUCUAACUUAAAGUAUUGGUUUAUGUUUACGCUUAUGCUAAGGGAAGCUUAAUAUGACUUAGUUGUGUGAUUAGUCCAAAUUGGACUUUAUGAUGAGUGGCACGUUUCUAGGGUGAUUAAGUCGAUAAGAGUCUGUCAAUAUGCGAAUAGUCUAUGCACACAGCAUACUAAUAAAUAUUUACAGCCCUUGUAA